AUAUAUGUAAUAUGUAUAAAUAGACACAAACAUCAUCCAGCAGAGAACAAGAAAGCAUAUCAUAGUAGCAAACUUACUACUAAAACCUACGUGCUAAUCUGCAAAUUUAAGAAAUGGCUCAAGCAGUUGCUAAAGGGCAGGUGAUUGAACAAUACGGACCUUAUGGUUCUCAAUUGCCAGAAAACUAUCGCGUUCAACUUGCUGACGGUGAGCGUUUCACUAAACUAACAGUGGACAGUGGAUACAUUGUGGAUGGAAUCAAAUUUGUGAUAGCUAAGCCUGAUGGAAGUACCAGGACUGUGCAGAUCGGUGGCACUAGCCCACCAAGCAGCACACACUUUGUUAAUCAGAUUGUGCUCAAGGAUGGUGAAUACCUAACCCGUGUUAGUGGAACGUAUGGAUACGAUAGAGAUCGGAAGCAAGUUGAUGUUGCGACAUUGAAGAUUCACACCAAUUUCAAUCCUCAAGGAUAUGGACCAUAUGGACAAGGAAAGAAUGUUGAUAAUUUAACUAAUUUUUCAUCGCCAAACAAAACUGAUGGUCCUGUUGUCGGAGUUUUUGGAAAGUGCAACAACUAUAUCGAGUCUAUUGGAGUUCUCGUGAGGAAGGUAAGAUAUAAUUUCCAACGUUAGAUAUCUAAGUUUCAUAUUUUACUUCCAUACAUGUGCAUCAAGGUUAUAUUCUUGAUCACUUGGAGGGUCCACAUUUUUUUGAUUAGGAAAAAUAAUUGGUCUGAAUAACAACUUAUGUUAAGGCUAGUAGCCUGCAAGACACACCAGCUCAAGGACUGGAUAUAAGGGCUAAACAACCCAAAAAUAAUUGUCCCAACAUUUUGUUGGGAUAUAAGUUCAUUUGUGUCAAGAGAGGUAUACGUGUUAAUCUUAUGGAAUGAAAAAUAUGCAUAAUCGAGCUAAUAUUAUUCCGGUGCGCCAAA